AGACACGUGCUCGAGCAAGCGACACCUGGUGACUCGCCCGCUUCAGCGCAACAGACUCCCCCUGGGGCUGCGAGGUGCCCCCUGCCUUCUCGACCACCCCGCGUGGUGGACUUCGCACGACGGAGGCGACGGCCAUGUCGCUGAGCAGCUGCACCAUCACGGGCCCCAACGACGAGGCCGGCGGCCCCGUUGCCGCCGGCGGUAUCGCGCGCUGGGUGCUGGGCAACAACGGCCCCGCGGCGUGGCCCGCUGGCACCACCCUGCGCCUGGUGGGCGGGCCCGUGGUGCUCUGCCCGGUCGUCGAGGUGCCUCCUGUGCCUGCGGGCCAGACGUGCGACGUGGAGCUCGAGGUCGUGGCACCGGAUGAGUCCGCGGAGGUAUACUACUCCCUCGUGACCCCGGAGGGCCAGCCCUUCGGAGAGCUCGCCCAUGCCUCCAUCGCCGCUGCGCCAGUGCCGGCGCAGCCGAAGCCCGCCGUCGCCCUCGUGGCGUCGCCGAUGGACGGGCUGGGCGGCGGCGUGGAGGCGCUGCAGGGCGAGGUCAAGGUCGUCGAGUGGACCCUGGCGAACGUGGGUCGCGGGGCGUGGCCCGAGGAC